AUGGCCCAACAGGAAGGAAACGAUCAGAGCUUUAUCAGGACUAAGAAAGCGCAGGUGGGAGGGAUACACUGCCCCAUGUUCUUCUUUCCUACUUAUAGCAUGCCUUCCGAGCCGCCGGGACCUGUUUUGAUACACCCAGAGAGAAUACUAAGAAAUAUUGUGUCAAUAAAUGAAGCCCAAUGCGCAUCUCUUGUCCGCUUUCCAGUGCGGCUUCCUUCUUCACUCGCAACUGACUUGAAGGCACUUUCAGGAGGGUUUGGAGCCGGCACUGGCCAGCAGAUCCUAAAGAACUUAAACCAAGAAGAGACCACUCUUUUGUUUACGCUAAUGGACAAGCUAGCGAAAAAGUAG